AUGUCAAGAUGCAAAGUCCUAAGGCCUUGCUACAAAGAAAUGGUAGAAACAUUGAGGGAUGGUGAUGAAGCUGCUUGUAUAGAAGAUGCAUCCAUCGGAGCUAGUACUGUAACAAUAUUUUUGAAAGCAAUCAAACAAUUUUGUGGGAAUUUAACUCAAGUUUUCAAUGACAAAGUAACGUAUGAAGGACGACAUCUGUAUGAAGUGCAUAUAAGUGAACCUAGUGAAGAAUACAAGGAAGAAGAGAAGCCAAUAAUCUUGAUAGAGGCAGGUCAAGAGGCAGGCACAGAGCCGAUCUCACUCGCCCUAUAUUUGAUAGAACAGCUGGUGUCAUGCCAGGAGAACCAUGAAAUGAUCCAGAAGGCCCGAUGGGUGAUACUCCCGUGCACAAACCCAGAUGGCCAGGAGUAUUCCAGAUUUAAUCGUCUCCAAUGGCGGAAAAACUUAAGACCAUCUGACGACAACCUUAGCUACGGAGUGGACAUUAGCAGAAACUUUGAAGGAGAUUGGAAGUCAUGUCCAAUAGUUUCAACAGGCUUCUCAUCCAUAUACCCCGGGCCGGCGGCGGGUUCCGAAAACGAGACGGCAUUUGUACAGGGCGUUCUAAGCAAAUACAGAAAGGAGAUAAAAGGGUACUUGUCGAUUCGGAGAGACGGCCACUCGAUAAGUUACUCGUACGGUUACGACGUCGCGGGACCACCGGCCACACCGCAGCUAGAAAAAGCAGCCGCUGCCAUUACCGCAAGGGUCAACCAAAGAGCUGGAGGCGUUCACCUCUUCAAGAACCAAAGCAUUUUCGAACUCAAUGGAAAGGCUCGAUGCGGUCACAGCGUAGACUACGCUCACCAGCUCUUGACAAUAUUGUACUCUUUCGAGAUGCGGGUGUUCCUAGGAUCCGACAGCCGUAUAAUGGCCAAAUUCCAGAACCUACCCCGCGGCUAUGAGGCUACAUUGCGAAGCGGGUAUUACAGCGGAAUCAAAGAACUUUACAACAUUAUAACUAAGGAAAACAGGAAUAAAUCAUUUUUGCAAACAAAUCAAGAAUGA